UCCAUCAAGAAUAAUAUAUUUCAAGACAAGAAUAUAGAUGUGUAUAUACAUGUAUCUGCAUACUUCUAUCUUCUACGUUGUAUUUAUAGAAUCAAAAUAUAUUACAACGUUCAAUUUUAAUAUUUUUUGUGAGGUUUAAUUACGUUCAAUAUGUGAUCUUCAAUUAGCAUGACGUUUACACAAUUUGUCUUUUUAAAGAUUAAAUUGUUGGAUUGCGGGAUUCAAAUAUUGAGAUAAAAAGAAAUGUUAGUCUGACGAAAUGUAAUUUGGUACAUAAAAAGUGAGAAAUAUUUUUUACGAAAUAACUUAUUAUUUUUAUCUCGUUAAUUUAUCCCAGAAAAAAUGGCACAAAAACUUUUAAGUAACUUAUUGAACUUCAAAACAUCACCAUCAGAAAUUUUGGAAUGGUUAACAACUGAUGAUUUUAAUAAGGAACAAUGGGCUGACUUUAAUAGCAGUUGUCCACGAGAAGAAUUUAUAUCUUUUUUUUUAAAUUAUUUACGAGAACAAUUCAUUAGUGUUCUUCAAAGUAAUAAUGGCUCAAAACAAACACCAUCAAAGAAAAUUUUAAUACCACGACAAUCAUCUCAUUCUGAUGAUUUAAUAAAAAUCAUUAAUCAAGGAAUAGGAACUGGUAACAAUCUUGUCAAAUCAUCACUCGAUGACCAGGAUGAUUUCAAAGAACAAGUGAAAAUAAAUAUAGCUGAACAAGAUUCUAUUAUCAAUGAUCAAGCACAAUUGUUAAAAUCAAAAUGUAAGAAAAGUGCAUUGUAUCAAAAUCCAACGUCAACUACCAGUUCAAGAACUAGUACUCCUGUCACAGGCAAAAAAAAUUCUUCAUCCAAAAAAAGAGCUAAUCUUAUUAGUUGUGUUCCUUCUGAAAAUCAACAUAUUAAUCCUGCUUUCAAAGAUAGUGUAGAAUAUGAACACUGUCCUGACCGAAAAGAUAGUAUAAAUAUAAGUUUUGAUGACAACUCUUUUCCAUCUUUAGGAGGAAGAAAUUCAAACAGUAAUGUUUCUAAUUAUUCACAAAAUCUGAGUAAUGAUGAAUCUUUUGAUUUAGUUCACUCAAAUGUCUCGACACGAUCUAAUACUUCAAUGAAUAAUAAGAUUUUACAGAGUCCUGAAUCUCCUCUAUACAGUAAUUCAACAUCCAUGUUGAGUCCUAUAAAUUCAAAAAUCUAUCCACACAGAUUUCAUAAUAGCCCAUCUAACAAUAAUCUAACAAUAAAUAGCCCAUCUAAUAAUAAUUUUUAUCACAUAACUAGUACACCUGAAAAUUCACCCAAUAAUUUAACAAAACGUUCUAAAGCUACUCCACGACAAAGUUUAUGUCUCAGUGAUUUUAUUACAACAGAUACUCUAAAUUCAAAAAAAUCUAGUACAAAGAAAGCACAUUCAAAAUCACGAUGUAAAAAUGAUGAACAAAAUGAUGAUAAUACAGGCAGUGUUAUUUCUAAUACAUCUACUACACAUCCAGAAGAAAAGAAUAAAAGAAGACGUAAGGUCAAUCCUACACGACUCAAGAUGAGCAAUGCUGAUAUAAAAGAUAAAGAAAAUACAGUUUUUGGUGAAGUAUCAAGACCAUUCACACAAAAUCCACAAUUUGUAAAUGUACCUCCAAUUGAUAAACCAGCUGACAAUGAUUCUUUUCAACUUGAAAGAGGAUUGGUUAAAAUUGAAAGACAAAGAAAACCAGAAAUUAUUUCAAAUACAAAUUUAACAGAUGAACAAAGUCAACCAAAGUGUAAAAUACUUCUAAGUACUCCGAAGAAAUCAAUUUCAACAAUUAUCCCAGAUAAAACAUUAGUAGAAAACAUCCAAGCAUUGAAUUUAUUAGCUGAAUUAUAUAGUGGAUUUUUAGAUAAUAAUUUAGUUUUCAAUCCGAUGACGGAAUUAUAUUUUCUAAUCAAUUUAAUUACCAGUCAGUAUAAAAAUGUUAAGGUGUUAUCAAUCACAAAUAUAGAACAGCAAUUACAACAUUCUUGUGUUGAAUCUAUGAAAAACUGUACAUAUGAUAAAAACGAAUUAUUAGCAUCAAAAAAGGUUUUAAAUUUUGAUGAUUUAGAAGAAAACGACGCUCUAAGUAGUAAUGAUAAAAUAAAUAAUGAUUCACUAUGUGACAAUAAAUCAAUUACUGAACUUGGAUGUUCAUCUUUGAUAGAUGAUACAGAUGAUACAAAAAAAAAUUUUAAUUUAAUCAAUAAAGUAUUACAUGGACUUGAUAUGAAUAAUGACCAAACUACAAACAAUAAAAAUGACAUACAUAAAAACAUAGAAGCCAUAAAGGAACCAGAUGUGGCUGUUGACUAUGUGCAGUUGUAUCUUAAUUCUCCUCAUAACUGUGUAUAUUUUUCAACUCAAGUGCUCAAUCUACAAAAGUAUUUUUUGAAGUGUUUAGACAGAGUAACUUUGAAACUACUUUGUGGAAAUAAUUCAAUGUCUAUAUUCCAACCAGAACUUUGCAAAUAUCUUGAUUCAAUUUAUGAUAUAAAAGUUUCAGAAGCUAACAAAACGAAAUUUUCAUUAAAUGUUAGCAUUGUGGAGUUAAAUGUCUGCUUUCAAAUAGAUACAGAUAAUUUUGAAAAUUUUCCAUCACACAAAGCAUUUACUGAUUUCAAAAGACAACGUGAUGCAUUUUAUGAAAUCUUAAAAAAUUGGGAAGAUAAUCAUUUAAACCCUAAGUGGGACUUUGGAAGAAAUUUGGAUGGUAAAAUAAAAUCUAUGCUAAUGAUGCACGAGGAUGUUACUAACUUUGUUCAUUUAACUCGACUCUUCAAAUCUCAAAUGUUAAUAUCAUGUAUUCAAAGUGGACAGCAGGAAGAUAUAUUAGAUGACGAAACAAUGAGCUUCUUAAAAAAUAUAAAAGAUAUGAAUUUAGAGAAAUUGACACAUUUAAACAAAAAAUUAAUUACUCCGCUAUCACAAAAUGGACCAGUUCCGUUGCCUUCAUUUCCAGGCUUUCAGGAAUUCUUUAAAACUUUUAUAGAACAUACUUAUCAUCCUAUGUUUCUUAAGCAUCUUGAAGAUACCUUUGUACAUGAAAUUAUGGAACUCAAUAAUACGCAAUUUGCUGCCAGUGAUAUCGAAGAAUCAGAAACGGAAGUUGACGAACGUACGAAACAAAGUUUUGGAAUCUGUCUUUCCAGUUUGAGAUUACUUGCUAAAUUUUUAGGAUAUCUAACUUCAUUGUCAUAUAUACCAAAAACGAGUGUACCAAAAAAAUUAAUGACUUCUCAAAUAGCACUGCGCAGCAAGUGUUUACCACAAAUCGAUCUACACUAUUGUCUAAAUACUGCGGUAGUUCAAGGAAAAUUAUCAUUAACGGUACCAUGGGUUGUCGAGUAUUUAUCAAUGAUGGAUUAUGCGUCACUUCGAUUACCUUAUUACAAAAAAGUCUUAGAAAUGGUAUACUGCAUAUAUCGAAUAUCUAAUUAUCAUGCUGUUGUCGAUUCCGAAGAAUUAAUGACUCAACAAACUACUGUCUUAUUAAAACUUUGCAUUGGUUGGCUAUUCGAAUUGCCGACUUUUCCAACAGAAUUGUAUUAUUUUUGGCAAGCAAAAUACAAUCACACGACACUAAAAUUUAUGUGUGAAAACCAACCUGCAAUUGUUGAUACAGAAGGCUCUAUUCUUUCAAUAAAGCAUUCUUUAUUUUUGGAUAAGCUAGAGAUGGUUGAUAAUAGAAUUUUGUACAGUUGUUGCCCAUUUUUGAGAGAAUUCAAUAUUUUGUUAAUACAGGGAAAUUCUAAUGUGAAUAAUAGUAUUUCGCAUAGGCAUGUUACCCCAGUGACAAGUCAGUUACAGAAGCCCAUGAAAGAAAUCAACGCAAAGAAUUUAGAGAUUCAACUGGAAGAAGCGUUUUUCCAUGGUCAACCGAUGUCAACUAGAAAAACAGUAGAAUAUGUAUCGGAAAGGGUUGCUUCAAGCUGCGUUAAAUAUAUUUACAAUAGUUUAUUACCCAUUGAAAGACAACAUAAUUCUGUGACAUUGAAAAGUUUAUUAGAUGAAAAAUAUAACGGUAUUAUCGAUCAAAAUAAUCAAAAUCUUAAGAGUACUCUAUUGAAGGAGAUGGAUACUUUGGCAAUGAAUGCUUCAAAAAAUAUAAAAGAAAAGAGUGAUCAAAUCAUAUUGAAAAUGUGUAAAACGCGUAUAAGCCAAUCUAUAGAAUCUUUGUUAUCGGAUGAUUGUUUGGAACAAGUAAAAGAAAUGUGUAUAAAAAUCGCUACGAGAAUGGCAGUGGAAAGAAUUGACCAAUGGAUUCAAUCUCACAUUACAGGAGGUUCAAUAUUUAUUAAAGAUAUGGAGGCUGAGUUGAGUAAAUAUAUGAAAGAAAGCGAGGACGUAGUUGUAAGCAAGAAAUGUCAUAAUUUUAAUACAACAGGCCCAACGGAUAUUUUGGAGCGUUUCAAAGAAAUAAUUUGGGAUUUGAUGGAAACAAGAGGAAAAUUGGUGACUAUGGAUGUUUUAAUUCAAUUUUUAGACCAGUUAUACAUCUGCUUAACAGAACGCUCUGAUAUAAAUACGUCAUCUGAAAAAAUAAUGGCCUCAUUGAGUAUUGAUUUAUGUUUAUCUUUGAUAUCUUAUAGACACGAUCUGUUUACCGAAGAGGUUCGAGAUAAACUAUUCAAAGUUUACAAAAUAGAUUGUUUGAAAUUGUCUACGUUAGAUUCGCCUUUGACAAGAAUACUUUGUCCAAGAAAUAUCAUGUUGAUGUUGCAAUCUCCUGAUGACGCUGUUUGGCUGAAUUUGGGAAAGUUUCUUAAUGAUAUGUUGUUAGAAGACAUCUUAUCUAUUGACUAUUUGAAUGAACAAGCUGUUGCUUUAUUUAGACGUGAAUGGCCAGAAAUGAUAUUAAAAAAUCUGUCAGUGUGUUUGGAACGAGCAAUAGCCGAUUAUAGAGCAUCAGGUGAAGAGACUGAACGAAUAAGAUAUUUAACAAAAUGGGUAGCUGGUGCUUACAAUGACAUACAUUGUGAUGGUUUCAAUUUAAAUUUAAACUAGGUUAAAAGGAUCUUGGUUUUCCUUUGUUUUAUUUGUAUAAUGACUCUGUAAAUGAAUUUUACAUGUAUUAUUAUUAUUAUUAUUAUUACGUGUGUUUUUUAGUGUACCCUUUUUUUACCUGUUAUAUAUUGAAUGUGUACAUAUACAGAUUUUGUACAUGCAAAUAAUACUGUUUUUAGAAUGAAUAUUCUUUGUAAAAUUUCUUGGCAUGGAUAAUAAUAAAAUGUAAAGAUAAUAUUUUCCAUUAAUCAAUAAUAUUUAUAACGUUCAUGAACUUGUGCUACACUUGUGAUAAACCGUUAUUAUAUGUUGCAAUUGGAAUCGAACUUUUAAAAAACAAAAAAAUGUUUGAAUAAAGGAAUGGACGUUAAACAA